AAGAAUUUAAGGGACGGACAAGAUGGACGAGUAAUGUGGAAAAGUGCAACCAGGCGCAGGACUUUUAAAACUUUAAGUUGAUUUAAGUCUCGUUUAUCAUCAAAACAACUCAAGUUUUAAAGUUUGAUAGUUUCCCCACAAAUUACAGAUUAUUGGAGCAGCUGACAGAAACUGUGACGCAACUAAAUCCGAGGUUUUCUAACAGCAUCAUGGCGCUGUCGACAAAUCAAAGUUUCCCGGGUGAUAUUAAAGUAACACCUCCUGAAGAAGAAGACGUGGUUACAAAAGAUGAAAUGUCUCCGUGUGUCCUCGGACAGACCAAAGCCUCCGCCCCCAGAGAGUUAACCCCGGAGGAGCGGGACAGACUCGGCGGGGAGCGGACUCUGGUGUCCGACUUCAAACUGAUGAAGCUGGAGAAAGACGCGCAGAAGAACUGGGACCUGUUUUAUAAAAGAAACACGACGAACUUCUUCAAGGACAGACACUGGACCACCAGAGAGUUUGAAGAGCUCAAGGCAUGCAGAGAGUUUGAGUCUCAGAAGCUGGUGCUGCUGGAGGCCGGCUGCGGCGUCGGGAACUGCAUCUUCCCUCUGCUGCAGGACGACCUCAACAUCUUUGUUUACGCCUGUGACUUCUCACCACGAGCUGUUGAGUUUGUCAAACAAAACCCUCUGUACUGCCCCGAGCGCUGCUGUGCCUUCCAGUGUGACCUCACUAAAGACGACCUGAGGGAGAAUGUGGCCGAAGGCAGCGUGGACGUCGUCACUCUCAUCUUUGUGCUGUCGGCCAUCCACCCCGACAAGAUGAAGCUGGCGUUGCAGAACAUCAGCAGGGUGCUGAAGCCCGGAGGCAUCGUCCUGUUCAGGGACUACGGCCUGCACGACCACGCCAUGCUGCGAUUUAAAGCCGGCAGCAAGCUGGGGGAGAACUUCUACGUCCGCCAAGACGGAACCAGGUCCUACUUCUUCUCUAAAGAGUUCCUGGCUGAGCUGUGUGUGGACGCCGGCCUCCAAUCUGUUUCUAACGACUACGUCCUGAGGGAGACGGUCAACAAAAAGGAGGGGCUUUGUGUUCCCAGAGUGUUCCUGCAGAGCAAAUUCACCAAACCCAGCCAGUCACAGAGCUCCUGAUGUCACUCAGCCUCAUACAUCUACAAACAGGUGGACAAAUGUAAGAUUCAGAUGUCUGGUUGACUUUGGAUGACCAACAAAAAAUAAUAUUCCUUGAAAAGGAAGUGUGUGGCCUCCACACACACACACUUUUAAAUCCUCCAGACUGUUUGGGAGACACAGGAGGUUCAGGGAGAUGAAGAACUCCUCCUCCGACUAAUCAACUGCUGCCUUUCGUUCCUUCGCCAGCAGAUGGCGACAGUGUUUGAACUGAGACUCUUACAGGUGGGAAUAUGUGGAACUGUGUGAACACUGAAGCACAAACUGUUGUGCAGGGACAUUAGCUGGACACAGAGUGAAUCUCAGUGAACAGUAUUUAUCGGUUCAGAUCAGUUUACGUUUUAUUUCACAGCCGUCGUCACUCUGAUCGGCCUGUCGCGUCACCUGGAGACGUUUCUCUCUCAGCCUUUAAACUUCUGUUUUGAUGCCUCCUCUAUAAUUUACUGCGUCCCUUAUUUAUGUGAUCUUUUUAAUGAGGUGAGUACUUUUUAAUUUUUAUAUGAAUAAUAUGUUUUUCAUUAUUUUUACCUGCCUGUGUUUAAAAAAAAACAUUCAGCUACAUUAUGUCAUUUCACACUCUGUCUAAAACAUGCUCACAGUGUUUCAUCCUGAUCGUGGUCCUAUUUAAAAUCAUUUCUGCUGUGAACCUCAGAAGCAGAUAUUUAUCAUGCAUCAACAUCGUGACCUUUUCAAAAUAAACUUAUGAAAACUU